CUCCCAUCGACAUCCACACUGGUGACUCUACUACACCGUUCCACUCAAGCAGACAAGAUGGCUAUGGAUCGCCCCCUCAAGACGGUCAUCGGCGUCAAGCUGGUCUUCUCGACGGCCUGGGCAGUCAACUAUCUCGAAAGAUCGCGCAAGUCACCAGCCCAAAAGGCUGCUCAAAGCAGCUCGGCCCAAGAGCAGAAGCGGCAUCGGCUCGAACAGGUUGUUCAGCAGCAAGAUAAGCGUCAGAGAAGCAAUGCGGAUGCUGGUCGCGAGUAG